AUGAAGAGUGUCCUCUUAUCAUCAAGUUACAGCAAAGCUGAACCACGCUGCAAUGGCGACAAGACGGUUCUGGAUCGUGCUAACCGACUUGGUUCGGCUUCAAAAGAUGAUGAGAUUACCGCCGUAAAUGCGUGCAACGAUGCAGAACUACAUUCUCUGGAAGUCCCAGUCCUAUUAAAGUCGGUAUCGGCACCAGUCUUACCUAGUUUCAGGCCACAUGAGCGGAAAUCACCGAAACCCAGCGGUUGUUCACUGAUAACAGCGACGGAACUGAGCUGUAUGAUUGACACUUUGGAUCGUGAUGAGUUGCUUAUCCUCGAUGUCCGGCCUUUCAGCGACUACUCCCGCAGCUGUCUGAAGAAUUCCAUUCAUGUUUGUCUUCCGUCAACACUGCUACGGAGGAAAAGCUUCAACUUCAAGAAGCUCAUUGACAAUCUAGCGCCAGAGGAACGGAUUAUCGUGAAGGAGAAGAAGUUAAAGAAUAAGAACCUCCGAAUAAUAAUAUACGAUGGCAUUGCUAAUCAGCAGAAUAGCUCGGUUUCACUUGCUUGCGGGGGUAUCGCUAAGAAGAUAAUUGAUUCGGAUUCAGAGGGCUUACAAUUCGAGAGUGUCUCCAUCUUGUCAUGUGGGUUUGGAAACUUCGAAAGGUUGUACUCUGAGCACGUCUUUUCACAAGAAGAUAGCAUGAUGUCGCGAGAUGAUACGUCAACGAUGGACUUAGAAGUUCAAAUACCAGGGGAUAUGACUCGUGAAACCAUCCAAGAGUUGAUGCCACCACAGCAGGUUUCACUAGACUCACCGGUCUCUUCGUCCUCUCCAAUAUCGGCACUCUCGAAAUUCAAACUGCCGAGUCUCGACAAUUCGAGUCCUCAUUUUUUUAAGAUAGCCCAAAACGAGCAGCUAAUGAAUAUUGAAUCUUACUUGAGUGCGGUCAAUAUUAAAGAGGAAAAUGAACAAAGCUCAAUGCAAUCAUUCCAAUUCCCCCAAACGAAAGAUGAAAAGCGAUCGCUAUCCCGUGAUAAGCUCAGAUUCCAAAUGAGAUACGCCGAAUUAGAGGAUUACUGUGACGCUAAUCGAAUCGACGAUGUUAUACCGCUCUGGUUCCAGAGACUAAUGAAACGAUCAAAAAUCGAAUUUAUUUCACAAUUUCAAAAGCUGGACUUUCUCGAGAGGAAGCGCUUAAACAAGGGUAUAAAUAAACAUAAAGCAUCUCAGUCUGCAACUUUUUGCCCAAGAAAUGGCUCUUCUCAAAGAAGCGUACCUUACCGAUCAUACUCACAGCCAGACUGCAUCCCGCCGGCUCAUCGGGGGUUGAAGCAUUUUUAUUCCCUCGAUUCCGACGAGGAGGACGAUCUAGUCACAAUAUCCUCGGGUGUGGAGCUAGGUAUCAAAAACAGGUAUAAGGAUAUUUUUCCUUAUGAGCAUACGAGAGUGGUUUUGAAGAAGUAUAGUGUGUCAUCUUUACCGCCAUGCUCAGAAAUUAAAGUUCAAGAGUUCAAUGAAGCUUGGACAACCUACAUUAAUGCCAAUUACUUGGACAUACCCAUGUGUCCCACAAUCCGAGAGCUUGGAAUGAACACUCCAGGAAGGGUGAGAUAUAUUGCGACUCAAGCGCCUCUGGCAUCUACGGUUCAUGACUUUUUUACCUGCAUCCUCAACAACCGUGUACCAUUGGUCGUCACUUUAACAGAUGAGUUCGAAAAUGGCAUGGAAAAAUGUCAUCCAUAUUGGAAAGAGGGCCAGUAUGAUGAUAUAAGCGUGAGAGUUGUGGAAGACGAUAGCGAUUCGACGACUACAAGGAAUGGUAAAGUGGUCAAAAUCUACCUCCGAAGACUGCAGCUUCGUUACGAUCGGGAUAAAACUUUUGAACUGUUACAAAUACAAAUACGGGAUUGGCCCGAUCUGGGAACUUUAUUAGAUCCAACUCAGAUUAUCCAAGCCAUCAACCUCAAAAAUUUCGUCGUUAAGAAGCUCUUCGAGAAGAAUGUUUACUCCGAGAAUAGCGUUCCAACCAUUCUUGUCCAUUGUUCCGCAGGCUGCGGUAGGACGGGUACCUGGUGUACAGUUGACUCAAUAAUAUCAAACUUGGAUACCUAUAAUGUUCUACAAGAGGAAUUGGCUGACAACAAGAGCAUCUCAGACUCUACCAAUUUUUUCGAUCCAAUCGUAUGGACAGUAAACACAUUCCGGAAACAAAGGAUAUCGAUUGUACAAAACGUUAAUCAAUUUCUGUUCAUAUAUGAGUGCUUGUUCUGCUUUUUCACUUUGAAGAUCAACAAUACGCCCCACAUCAAAGACCAAGGUUAUUCGAUGAACAAUCUGCUGCAGCAAAUCAAAGAGCUGAAAAUUCUGCAGAACAUCAUCGAUAUUAAGACACACGAACAGCUCCCCACGUUCACAUAA